UUUAAUUCGCAAAACUUGUCUGGUGAAGAAAACGUCAUGCUAGUGGAAAUUGUGUAUCAUCCCAUAUUAAAUAUUUAAGUAAAUCUUUUGUACUAUUCCCUUGUAAAUUCCUGUAUAUUAAGUGAAAUAGGUUCAAAUAAUUACAAACUCUUAGUGAAAUUGUUAUUAGAUUCAUAAUAAAAUGUCGACGCCAGCGAGAAGACGUCUUAUGAGAGAUUUCAAAAGGUUACAAGAAGAUCCUCCAACAGGAGUAAGUGGGGCACCAACUGACAAUAAUAUAAUGAUCUGGAAUGCAGUUAUAUUCGGUCCACAUGAUACACCAUUCGAAGAUGGAACAUUUAAAUUAACUAUCGAAUUUACGGAGGAAUAUCCGAAUAAACCGCCUACGGUUAGGUUUGUCAGUCACAUGUUCCAUCCAAAUGUAUAUGCGGAUGGGGGAAUUUGCUUAGAUAUAUUACAAAAUCGGUGGAGUCCCACAUACGAUGUAUCUGCUAUUUUAACCUCUAUACAAUCGUUAUUAAGUGAUCCCAAUCCAAAUUCGCCAGCAAAUUCAAUGGCCGCACAGUUAUACAAGGAAAACAGAAGAGAGUACGAAAAACGAGUUAAAGCUUGUGUCGAACAAAGCUUUAUUGAUUAGCGCAUCUAUUUUAGAUCUUGUCGUAUUGAACAUUGAAAGCUUAUAAAUUAUUACUGUAAUAAUAACUUUGUGAGUUCUCCCUUGUUUCAAAAUACAAUCUAUUUAAUAUACCUAGUAAAUUUAAGUUAUAUUUGUCUGUUUUGGAUCAUCAUAACGAAACAAAUGCAGUAGUCCAUCAGGUGUUUUCUGUAAUAGUGAGAAUAAGUAUCAAAAUGCAAAAAAAAAGGUGGAACAUUUAAAGAUUGAGGACAGCUUUUUUUGAUUCUUUCAAUUUUUAAGAAACUGUACUCUUAGAUAUUUAUUUAUUUUUUAUUUUGGAUUUGUGAAUAAGUAUUGUAGUAAUAACUGAUUGUAAUCCACUUUUUGAAACUUUUGUUGUAAUAAUGUAAAACACAGCUUUGUUUAUGUUGUAAAAUGCAUGUACUAAAUUAAUGCAAAGUUGUUCGAAAAACAUUUAUU